GUACAGAAGGCUUGGGCUUUAGCAUUACUUCAAGAGAUGUCCCAAUUGGUGGCUCUGCUCCAAUUUAUGUGAAAAACAUCCUUCCGAGAGGUGCAGCUAUCCAAGAUGGAAGACUAAAAGCUGGAGAUCGAUUAAUUGAGGUAAAUGGAGUUGAUUUAACAGGCAAAACUCAAGAAGAAGUUGUGUCCUUGCUGCGAAGCACCAAAAUGGGAGGGACCGUCAGCCUUCUGAUUUUUCGACAGGAAGAAACAUUCCAUCCAAGGGAACUGAAUGCAGAACAAAGCCAGUCACAUAUUCCAAAGGAAACGAAAGCAGAAGAAGAGGAGCUUGUCCUCACACCUGAUGGCACCAGGGAAUUCCUGACAUUUGAAGUUCCACUGAAUGACUCUGGAUCAGCUGGGCUUGGUGUGAGUGUCAAAGGUAACCGGUCAAAGGAAAACCAUGCCGACUUAGGAAUCUUCGUCAAGUCCAUUAUUAAUGGUGGAGCAGCAUCCAAGGAUGGCAGGCUUCGGGUGAAUGAUCAACUAAUAGCAGUAAAUGGAGAAUCGCUAUUGGGCAAAACAAAUCAAGAUGCUAUGGAAACCUUAAGGAGGUCCAUGUCCACUGAAGGAAACAAACGGGGAAUGAUUCAGCUUAUUGUGGCAAGGCGAAUAAGUAAAUACAAUGAGCUGGAGUCACCUGGGAGCCCCUCAGGGCCAGAGCUGCCUAUAGAGACACUGCUGGAUGACCGGGAACGGAGGAUUUCCCACUCCCUCUAUGGUGGGAUCGAGGGUCUCAACGAGUCACCCACAAAGAACGUGGCACUGAGUAGAAUAAUGGGUAAAUAUCAGCUGUCUCCAACUGUGAACAUGCCCCAGGAUGACACUGUCAUUAUUGAAGAUGACAGGCUGUCGGUCCUCCCUCCUCAUCUCUCUGACCAGUCGUCAUCCAGUUCCCACGAUGAUGUUGGGUUUGGCACUGUUGAUGCUGGUGGAUGGGCUAAAGCUGCAAUUAAUGAGUCAACAGACUGCACUCUUAGUCCAGAUGUUGAUCCAGUGCUUGCCUUCCAGCGAGAGGGUUUUGGACGCCAGAGCAUGUCAGAAAAGCGUACAAAGCAAUUUUCAGAUGCCAGUCAGUUGGAGUUUGUUAAAACACGAAAAUCCAAAAGCAUGGAUCUAGUAGCUGACGAGACUAAGCUCAGUACAAUGGAUGACCAGAAAACAGGUUCCCCAACCAGAGAUGUGGGGCCUUCAUUAGGUCUGAAGAAAUCCAGCUCAUUAGAAAGUCUGCAGACAGCCGUUGCUGAGGUGACUCUGAACGGUGAUAUUCCCUUCCACCGCCCGCGCCCGCGAAUUAUCAGAGGACGAGGCUGCAAUGAAAGCUUCAGAGCUGCCAUAGACAAAUCAUAUGAUAAACCUGUAGCAGAUGAUGAUGAUGAAGGCAUGGAAACUU